AUGCAGCGAAAGGGUCAGCCUAUUAUGAUCCUUACUUGCCAACAUGAUUCGCAUUACUUUGAAGAGCGAACUAUUGUUGUAACUGAUAUUAUUAAAGUAGGUCGAGCUGUUGCACGUUCUAAAGCGGCCCCAAAUAAUGCGAUUUUCGACUGUAAAGUCCUCUCUCGAAAUCACGCAGUUAUUUGGUACAGUAAUGAAGAGUUCUGGCUUCGUGACACAAAUAGUAGUAAUGGUACAUUUGUAAACAACACUCGUGUGACUAAGCGAGAUGACAGUGAUCAUUGUGAUCGACAAAUUUUCUCUGGUGAUGUGAUUCGAUUCGGCGUGGAUGUAGUGGAACAUGAUACUACUCAUGGAUGUAUAAUCGCUACAGUAACGCUUAUCCUCCCCAACGGUCUCGAGGCUAAGGCAAAACUUGGUCAUCCUUCGGAUGCCCUUACCACAGGUCUAGUCUCGAUCAACAAUGAACAAAUGUUUCAAAUUUCCUGCUUCAUUAAUGAUGCCAUUUUCCGUGAAGAAGCCUUGGAUAAAAAGCUAGAUGUUUUGCGCAAAUCUCUUCGGCAAGCUACUCUCGCUUCUGAGCUGGGUUGGCAAGCUAUGCUCAAUCAAGAAAAAUUACUGCAGAAAUUUGAUUUGUAUGAAAGUCAAAUACGGCUUUUCAAAGAAGACCUCUCGGAAAACUCGCUGAAGUUAAAAUUGUGCGAUUUGCUUGAGGAGAAAAGUUUGCAAGAGGAGGAGAGUAAAGCUCAACUAACUAAGCUUGUUAAGGACAAGGAGGUAGCUUUGCAGCGUAUUAAAGAUCUUGAACGGACAAUCGAGGGUUUGCAAAUGGAGUGUAAUCACCUACGAAAUGAGUAUAGCUCAGCUCAUGAUGCCUGUACUAAUAUUUCGGAUGAAUACAAAGCUAAUCUAACUACGAUCUCACAACGUCUCAAUGAUUUAUCCACUGAACGCAGUCAGUUGAAUGAGCAGCUGCAAAAAGCUAAUCAAGAAAAUGACGUCUUAAAGGAGCAAUUAGAGCGCGUUACUCAAGAUUUGGCUGUGACCAAGGAACAGUAUGAGAAGGCUCAAUUAAAGGGAUCAUCUAGUUUCAUUAACGGCCUCUCCUAUGUAGAUGAUGUUGAAAAGGGUAUGAACGAGGGUAUCAAUUCCAUCGAUAUGGUAAUAGAAUCAUGCGAACCAGCUCUUGCACAGAGUCAGCCCAUCGAUCACGUCAGUAGCGAUGAGGUGGAUUCAAGCAAAUCGGAGGCCAAUGAGUACAUUUCUGAUAGUAUUCGAGAUUUCCAUCGAGCUUUGGAAUUAAUUCGCUUACUUGACGCGAAGGUGUCCUCUCUAGCAAUCACCACAGAUUUGGAUGAGAAAAAGUUCGAAGAUGCUUCUAAUGACAAUGACUCUGCGGUUACCAAUAGUAACGAAAUUUCAAGUCUUUCAACCACUUCAAUCGAUAGUAUCGUUAAACGCAUUGUUCAUCACAACGAGGCUGCUAUGACUAGUCUUCAUGCCUAUCUCCGACAGGUCAACCCUGCUGCAGCUGCCGAACUUAUUAACAAAAUCUAUUUGAGCAACUCGGGUGGGGAGGAAGCACUGGACUCUUCCACCUCUUCCUUCGAAGUAAAGACUUACAAACGACCCGACUACCUCACCCUCAGCAAUAGCAGGGUGUGUUCAGAAACAUCCUCUUUUUCUUCAGAAAUUUCAGCAGUUCCCUCUUCAACCGGUGUGACAGUGGUGGGUGCCGACUCUCUCUCCGCCUCACCAACCGUUUCUAGUGGUAAUGGUUCUCUCUCCUGUGCAAUGACUCCCGACUCAGAGGAAGUCGCACAUUUGCGCGAAAGCGUUCGUUUGGCCAAUGAAGAAAUUGAACAGUACAAGGCGCACAUCGCAGAACUGCAAAAAUCAGUAGGGACACCACCCAGUGAGUCCACCCAGAGCACGACUUCCGAGCAGGAUUUGGAAGAGAUGCACGCAGAAUGCAACGUGCUACGCGCUCGUCUCGGCGACAUUGAAGAACAGAUGGCACAGACACGCGAAAACCAUCGUCGUCUUGUUGAGGAAGCACGCCAACACCGCGAUGAAGUCGAGAAACUGCGCUUUCAACGUUCUCAGCUCGAAUCCGCUUUGGCAGAAGCCCAGGAUCAAAUUGAAAAGCUUCGUUUUUCCUCCUCCUCCUCCUCCAAGAAUUCGUACAUUCAUUCAAACCCUCCAAAUCACAACGCCUCCACUUUCUCAUACUCGAGUUCUAGUUCAAAUGCUUCCUCUUUUGUGGCUGAGUCUGUCCACUCUGACCGUCUUGAACUCGCGCCCAGCCGAUUGGUAACGGUACGUCUUCAAAACUCCACCAUUCAUUCCCUCUCUUUCAUUAUUGAGCUGGCUUUAUCGUCAUCUUGCUUCAGGUUGCUACUAGCUCUGAGGCGCUUCGUCAUUAACUGUAAUUCCACUCAUGAUCUUGGUGUUCGCUGUAAUGUUUGCGAUCUUCUCAAAGUUCGUCAGUUAGAGGGCAAGAACGACUGCAAUGACUCCAACAGUCCCCGUCAUCCAAUAAUCCUCCCCUUACAGACUCGUUCGCGUGGCCUAUAG